GAGCUCCGCUUAAAACCUCGCCAGUCUUCGAGUCUGAGCCAUCUUCGCACAGAUCUGUGAACGCGGAAGAUAUUACUUCCAAAUACUCAUAAAAGAUGCACAACGUCUGCUCAUCGAUGUGGCUGCAGUUGGCUCUGGGCCUGGUCAUGCUGGGUGCUGUGUCAUUGCAGCAACUGCAAUCGUUCCCCAAGCUCUGCGAUGUCCAAAACUUCGACGACUUCCUCCGCCAGACGGGCAAGGUGUAUUCGGAUGAGGAGCGUGUCUAUCGCGAGAGUAUCUUUGCGGCCAAAAUGUCGCUGAUCACGCUGAGCAACAAGAAUGCGGACAACGGCAUUGCCGGCUUUCGACUGGGAGUCAAUCCACUGGCCGACAUGACCAGGAAGGAGAUCGGCACCUUGCUGGGCUCUAAGGUCUCCGAAUUUGGCGAGAGAUACACAAAUGGCCACAUCAACUUUGUGACCGGCAAGAGUCCGGCGAGUGCCAAUCUUCCCGAGAAGUUUGACUGGCGCGAGAAGGGAGGAGUGACCCCACCCGGAUUCCAGGGCGUGGGAUGCGGUGCCUGCUGGUCGUUCGCCACCACCGGAGCCCUCGAGGGCCACCUCUUCCGGCGGACGGGAGUGCUGGCCUCGCUGUCGCAGCAGAAUCUGGUGGACUGUGCCGAUGACUAUGGUAACAUGGGAUGCGACGGUGGCUUCCAGGAGUACGGUUUCGAGUACAUCCGCGAUCAUGGAGUGACGCUGGCCAACAAGUACCCGUACACACAGACGGAGAUGCAGUGCCGCCAGAACGAGACGGCCGGUCGUCCGCCCAGGGAGAGUCUGGUGAAGAUCAGGGACUACGCCACGAUCACGCCCGGCGAUGAGGAUAAGAUGAAGGAGGUGAUCGCCACCCUGGGCCCACUGGCCUGCUCCAUGAACGCGGACACCAUUUCCUUCGAGCAGUACGGCGGCGGAAUCUACGAGGACGACGAGUGCAACCAGGGCGAGGUGAACCACUCGGUCACGGUGGUGGGCUACGGAUCGGAGAACGGACGCGACUACUGGAUCAUCAAGAACUCGUACUCCCAGAAUUGGGGCGAGGGUGGUUUUAUGCGUCUGCCCAGGAAUGCCGGCGGAUUCUGCGGCAUCGCCAGCGAGUGCAGCUACCCGAUUCUGUAGUCAGUCAACUAUGUAAUGCAGUUAGUUAGAUAGUAUAGUCAAUUACAAACCACGAAUUUAUAACUUUGUUACUGUAGUAUGUAGCUUUGCCGUGACGUCAUGAAGUCCAUGAGUCACCCGAUUAUUCAAUAAAAAUGUGCUUUACCUGUAUAA